UCUGUCGACGAAGACGUCAAUGCCGUCUGACUCGUUAGUCUUAUCUGAAUUGGCAUUGAACACAGAGGUGACGUCUGCUUCAUUAACAGCCUUGAGCUCUUUGCUUCUGGAUCUGAUUGAGAGAGUGACGGAUUUGGAGGCUCUGUCGACGAAGACGUCAAUGUCGUCUGACUCGAUAGUGUUAUCCCUAUCGUCAUUGAACACAGAGGUCAAGUCUUCCUCAUUAUCAUCCUCGCUGUCCUCACUGGAGCAAAUUGAGGGAGGGGCAGGCCUCUUAGGACUCAAAAGGAGGAUUUUGAGUCACUGUCAAGGAAAGCGUCAAUGCGUACCGACUGGGACAGUCUUAUCCGAAUCCGCAUUGAACACAGAGGUCAAGUCUGCUUCAUUAACAGCCUUGAGCUCUGUGCUUCUGGAUCUGAUUGAGAGAGUGAUGGAUUUGGAGGCUCUGUCGACGAAGACGUCAAUGUCAUCUGACUCGAUAGUGCUAUCCCUAUCGUCAUUGAACACAGAGGUCCAGUCUGUCUCAUUAGCAGCCUUGCUGUCCUCAAUGGAGCCGAUUGAGGGAUUGGCAGGCCUCUCAGGACUCGGAGGGACGGAUUUGAGUCACUGUCGACGAAGGCAUCAACGAGUACCGACUCGGCAGUCUUAUCCGAAUCCGCAUUGAACACAGAGGUCAAGUCUGCUUUAUUAACAGCCUUGACCUCUGUCCUUCUGGAUCUGAGUGAGAGAGUGACACAUUUGGAGUCUCUGUCGACAAAGACGUCAAUGUCGUCUGUCUCGAUAGUGUUAUCCAAAUCCUGCUGUCUUGCUUGCUGGGCCCUUUUCCAUGGAUUGUAUUUAAGCCAGCGCCUCCAAGAAUACUUCCUCAUUGUGCUGCUGAUCUUGCUUAGACGUCUGCCACUGCCAUUCUGUAGUUGGAGAUCUUUGUAUGGCAUAUCUAUCGGUUCCAGAGGGAUAGAGGUGAAGCCUGCUUCAUUAACAGCCUCGCUGUCCUCACUGGAAUCGAUUAAGGAAGUGGCAUUCGACACACGCCUCGGAAUGACGGACUUUGAGUCACUCUUGACGAAGGCGUCAAUGAGUACGAUAGCCUUGAUAGCCUUUUCCAAAUCGGUAUUUAUCACAGAGGUCAAGUGUGCUUUCUUAACAGCCUUGUUGUCAUCACUAGAGCUGAUUGAGGAGUGGCAGGCCUCUCAGGACUCGGAGGGUCGGAUUUUGUGUCAUUGUCGAGGGAGACGUCAACGAGUACCGACUUGGCAGUCUUAUCCGAAUCUGCAUUGAACACAGAGUCGAUUAAGGAAGUGGCAGUCGUCUCAGGACUCGGAGGGACGGAGUUUGAGUCAUUGUUGACGAAGACGUCAAUGAGUUCUGACUCGGCAGUCUUAU